AUGACUCUGCGCUAUCUUUCUUCAUCUUCUUUGAGUCAGGUGCUCAGACGGACUGCCUCUACUGCUUCUAUAUUGCGCUUCAAAGCGUCUUCAUACGAUCUGCCGAGAAUGAACUCGUCAACUGCUACCACUACUAAUAUACCCCGAUCUCUUCUGAACGAUGCCAUUAUGGCAACAUCUACGAAUAUCCACCUCUCGCCUGAAACAAAUCCUGGAAUCAUCUCGCAUAAUGUGAGCGAGGAGUCGGCUCGCGUGGCGAGUGAAGUUCUGCAGGAGGAUAUGCUAUCUCAUCAUGUGUUUUUUAAUCAGAGUGGGUUUCAUAACCACAUCCCCCACCAUAUUCUAAGCCUAUAUGCCCUCGGUGCAACACCCCAACAGAUCCGCGCCGCAUAUGAAAAGAACAGCAGUUAUCAGCGGCCCAAGAUACCCGUGGAUGAGGAUGUGGUGAAUCAGAUGGGAGACGAAAAGGGGUUCCUGAAGUAUCUGGGGCUGGGGAAGCAUUAUAGUAACUAUCUGGAGUUUUUCCAACGUCAGAUGAAGGAGAAGGGGGAGGAGAGGGUAUUAGGGGAGUAUCUCCUCUCGGAUUCGGGGGCUGAGGUGGCUGAGAACAUGCUGGGGAGGUUGUUUGGAGGUUUAAUCCAUCCAUUUAUUCACUUCGGAUUCGGUCUCGAGUUCAAUCAGCCUGCUAUCGUAGCUGAAGGUCUGGCACAGGCGGCUGUUCACGAGGACUGGUACGGUCCGUUAUUCUUCUGGCCUGUGGAAAAGGCAGCCGGGGGAGUGGCUAUACGAGGGAAGAAGUCCAUGCUGCAGAUCCUGGAGGAAAUUCGAGCCGAUGAGAAGCUGGCGCGGUCUGCACAGUAUGAUGAUAGCCAGCGGAUGAAGAACGGGGUGCUGAAACGGGCUCCAGAUGAGAUGAUCAAAUAUGCGGCGGAGUUUACGGUAUCCGUAGAUCAGAUUGAGCAGAAGAUGGUGGAGAUUAUCAAUACUGUUGCAUACUUCACUAGUGCCGCUCAGCGCCCCGAUAAACAGAUCAAGUUCGAUUUCUUCUACAUCCACGGGGUCAACUCGACUAUCUUCCUGUCGAAGAUCAUCCGAUUGCCGUAUCUGGAUGACGUGACUAAAGCCCGGAUUCUGGAGUGGACAGGCCGACUGGAUCUGUUGCUCUAUGUAGCGUAUGGAGCAGCGGAUUUGCAUCUAGAUGAGAUUACGAGGUACCCGGCAGCGAAGAGCUGGGAGGAGAUCUAUGCUUAUUGCAAUGCUCAGUCGAGCGAUGAUGGACAUCUGCCCAAGUUGGUGCGAGCUUUGAAGAAUGGUGAGAGAGCAUGUCGGCCGUACGAAGACCGGGCUGAGGAGUUGGGGUUGAAGAUUAAGGGCGAUAUGUGGUUGAAGAUUGCGAAUAUGGUGAUGGAUUCGACUGCUGGCCAGGAUCCCCUGUGGGUCCGCGGAGCGGGUUUUGAUGAGGCGUGGAAGAACUUGGAGGACCGACGAUCCCGGCUGUAA